AUGGGGACGCAGUGGUCUCGUAGCAGCAGCAGUCUGUCGCUCCUCCCGGAAAGGCAGAGCUCUUGGCGGCGGGGAGAGGACAGAGAUUCCGAUAAUGACUCUUUAGAUGGGCUCGGCAGACGGGAGGACAUAGCCCAGUUCCCAUACGUGGAGUUCACCGGCAGGGAUAGCAUAACGUGUCCAACAUGCCAAGGCACUGGACGAAUACCCUCUGAUCAAGUGAAUGAACUGGUUGCAUUGAUCCCAUACAGUGACCAAAGGCUGCAGCCCCAAAGAACGAAGCUGUAUGUGGUCCUGUCAGUUGUGUUGUGCCUCCUGGCUUCUUCGCUUGUGGCCUUCUUCCUCUUCCCUCGCUCCGUGGUUGUGGUGGACGAUGGGAUACACUCAGUGACUGUGCGCUUCGACCACUCCAAUAUGAAGGUUCUAAUGAACAUGACCAACACUCUGAACCUCAGCAACCCAAACUUCUUCUCAGUGCUGGUGCAGAGUGUGAACUGCCAGGCACUUUACAUGAAGACAGUGAUCGGGACUGAGCAGCUAGACAAUGCCACCACCAUUCUGCCGCUCAGUGAGAGUCAGGUGAACUACACUGUCAGUGUGGAGAUUGGUAGCAGUGCACCCUACGUCUAUGCCUUCUGCACCAUGCCCAGCAUUAAGGUCCACAACAUUGUCGUAUUUAUGCAAACCUCAGUGAAAACCUCAUACAUGGUGCGAACAUCCCAGAACAGCCUCGAGGCUUAUCGCUACAUAGACUGUGGUUCGAACACCACAUACCACCAGACAGCCAAGCAGAACAGUCACAUCUCCUCUACCCACUCACCAGCUACAUCCCUCAGCUUCCCUCUACUCUGAGUGGAACAGUCCUGGGAAAAGAUGAAUCACCUCUCUGUCUGUAAGGGAGAACAAAAUCCAUCUUGAGUGUGCACUAACAUCUCCAACCUCCCCCAAAGUCACCAGCAGCAAAAUACCAAUGGUGCUUUCUUCUAAGCUGACACAGAAUAGGUAACAUUGAGUAGCGAUUAACUUGUGCCAUUGGAUAUUUCUUGCCACAGCAGGCACUUUUGUGUUUUACUUGCAUUGGUGGGGCUUAUGAUUGCCUGAACUCAUCAUGUCUAAAAUAACUUUUAAAAAGGCAGUUUUGUCACAUGUUCUAGUGGGGAAAAGGGAGUGGCAAAUUGAAUGAGUAUUUGCUAACGAGUGCUCUGUGGCCCUGUUUUCGAAGUAGGACAAAUGUCAGAGAAAGCUCUUUUCUAUAAGGGGAAUGGCUGACAAUCCCAGCUGACAAUGGGAGUGCCUCUGUUGGCAUUUUUGCCAUAGCUUUAAUUAACACUUCAGAGCUCUGUUUGUGUCUGCUGCUGCUGUUGAAACAUCAGGAUAGCAUUAUUCAGCAUAGCUUGAAUUACUUUUGGUAUUGUAACAUUGUGUUGACUGAAGGCUGCUGGCUUUUCUUUAAAAAAAAAAAAGAGAAGGAGCUGGCCUGCUGUUUCUAUUUUGGAUUUAAUGCGACCAUAGGAGGGAUCAUUUAGUGACUGUUCUUGCACCUUGAAACUUGGAUAUAUUGUUAAGCAUAUUGCUUUUGGUGUUAUUUAACUGUUUCUGAAGUUGAAAAUGGCGUUUACAAAUUUAACAUAUCAAAGAUGUUUUUAAAUUGAUAAGUUAUUUCUUGGUACCUCUCAUCACAGCAAGUCUAAGCACACUGAUUUUACAUUCAUGGUCCAUAUAAGGAUCAUAGAGAGGAAUACUGUUAUCAGUAGGUAUCAUUGAAGCUCAUGUGUUGAUCUGUCCUAAUUACUGAUACUGUAACUCACUCUAUAGUGUCCUAGUUAAUAAGUAUUUAAUCAUUUACUCCUGGUUAAGCUACUGAAAGAGGAAGUAGGAGCCUUAAAUAUAUUGUCCCACCAAUGUACCUUACAUAAUAUGUGCUGUUGAGCAUCUGUAUACAUCUUCUCCACCAUGGCCUUAACAAUCCAGAUGUGCAACAGUAAACAGAUAUAUAAAGAAAAUGGUUAAAAGCGUGUGUGUGUAUUGUUAAGUAUACUAACAGGGGGUCUGUCAGACUGACCGUAAUUGAUUUACACUGUUCUUUCCUUUGCCUUAUCCUUCACCAGUGUGUUUUACUUAACUCUUCUGUGGCUUAUCAAUCUUCAAACAUCUCUGCAGAGCAUUUCAGACCAGUCUGGUGGUUGAUAGAGGUUGACUGAAACUUUACAUCAUCUAGUAUUCUCAAAUGACUUCUGCUCUAGUAUUUCCUCUGUAUAGAUUUGUUUCCGUUGUGAGGUCGACUUAAUGACAUAAGAGACUGAAAGCAGUUGGGAUUUGAUUUUUUUUUUUUUUUUUAAAGGGACAGUUGUUUGUAAAUUUAUGAAUGAAAGGUUUUACCAGGGUUUUUUAAAAAUACAGUAUAUAUUGUCAUGCUUGGUUCUAGUUAAAGAUAUUAAAGGAAGUUGUGAAUAAAUUAAUAAUGAACACCAAUACUUGUUUCAGAUUUUUUUAUUUUUUUUGCCAAUCAUUUAGAGCUGCAACAAUUCUUCAAUAAUCGAUCUACAGGAAAUUAAUCAGCAACCAUAUUGACUUUUCAGUCAUUUUUCAAGCAAAAAUGGUUCCAGCUUCUAAAAUGUGAGGAAUUGCCUUUUUUCUAUUCAAUAUCAUUGUCAACUGAGUCUUAUUGAGAAAAUAAUCUGCAGAUUAAUCAAUAAUGAAAAUAAUCGUCAGUUGCAGCCUUACGACGUUAACCCGAAAUAACCACUGACCCAAAAACACUUAAGGUACCACAUUAUUUCAGUUUAAUUCUGUUCAUUUUUUUGCAUACAAAAUAGCAUAUCCUUUCAAACAAACAAAUGUUUGCUUUUUUUGUCUCAUAUAUUGUGCUAUAACUGCAUGUGAAAAUAUAUUACUACAUAAUAUAUAAUAUAUAAUACAACAAGAAAACAGACCACAAUAUAUUAUCAAUGUAACACAAGUAGUGUUUUUCUUGGUUUUUAUUAAACAAGGCAACACACUAAUUGAAUGCAUGGUAAAAAUACAAGAAGCAAUAAGUACAAAAAUAUAGCUGGAUAAAAAGUUUAUUAAUACAAGAGUGCCUUGUCUUUGGUUAAGUAUGUCUAAUGUCUUUAGUCCACUGCCUUGCUUGUGUGUUUACCUGUCUUUGUUAACUUAAUAUAGCCUAUGUGUGAAUAAGUUUUAUAAUGAAUUUGGUCACAGGAUGCAGUGAAUGAACAACAUUUCACAACAAUGGUGUGGUUUAACACUAUGUCCUUUCACAUCUAGCUUCUCCAUUUCAUAUAUAUUUCUUUAAAAGUGGACGUAACAAUACCUUACCCAACAUAUUUACCUAAAUACCGUCAACACACCAAAAUCCUCAACACACACGCUCAUUAAAAGUAAAAAACCUUACAUUCAUGUUUACUUUCAUCAGAGAGUUAUGUUUUUCGCUCACUCCAAUUAUUUGUGUUUGUGAAAAAUAUGACCCACGCUUAUGAUAAAAUGUGUUACACUUAUAAAGGUGCUGUUGUAGGGUUGAAGGCAAGAGUUGAAAAAUACUUUUUUAAACAAAGAAGAAUAAUGGAUUUUGUAGCAAAGCAAAAUAUAUACACCUGCUGUUUUAAAGGCAGUUAUGUCUAAAUGUUGAACAUGUUGCCCAAAAACAGUGCAAAGAAAGAUCCUCUUUGUAACCACUCCACAGUGUGUCCUUAAAACUUCUAUCAUUGUUACACUGAACACCAGUCUGACCAAGAUGAUAAAAGUUGUAUUUAACCAUCAUUUAAGCAGGGGCCUGUAUCACGAAGCGAGUUCAACUGGCAUUCUUUGAGCUGCCUGGAUUCACUGAGCCUAACAUCGGUGAUCCUGGAUAACCAGUAUCAUGAAGCUGGUAAUUAACUGGCUCAGUUAACUCUGGGUUUUCCAAUCCAGCUAUGAUAGUUCAUGAGAAAGAGGCGGCGUUCUUAAUUACAACCAAGCACAAAAGAACAACCUCUUUAGAUACUCUUAAUUAAGAGCUUAACACUCAAAAACUCUGGUCUGGUCUGGGUGCGGUUUGGUCAAAUUUGAUUCAGUGACCAAAUAACCCACCAACUGUCAUCAGAUUCUGAUUCAAAUUUAGUUAAAUCCUGAUUGGUGCAUGUAACUACGUGACAUCACCAUUUUUCCAACUGAGUCCGGCCCAUUUCAAACUAAUGACAAAAACAGAAAUACUAAAAUCUCAAGUAAAUAAUACGUAGAGUACAGAUAGUCUGAGCAAAAAAAGGCAUAAAGAAGAGAAAUUAAUAAGAUCUAUUGAAAAAUGUUUCUUCUAUCUCUGACAUAAUUAUCAUGGCAGGCAAAGUGACUGAUCUUUAAAAGUGUACUGAUCUAUAAAAAAAGUCUAUUGUCAGGAUACUGCAGGAAUGAUGACUCCAUGUAAACCUGCUCAGAAGCAGGUUACCAUGGUGAUCUAGCCUGGUUAAAAGUGAGUCAGGUU